AUGUCUGGCACGUUCAAAUCUGUUCCCCCAAACCAGGAUUCUGUCGGUUGCUUACAGACCAUACACUGCCAUUGCGGGUCUCGUCCCAAGCUCAACGCGACCCUUCGCGAAACCACGUGCUGCACAGCAUCAUCCCAACGCCGUGGCGCAAAGAGAAAAACUACUUUGCAAUUGGAUGACAUACAACAAGGCCCUAUUCAAUCCCAGGCGCUACUACCCCAGAAUGACGCCGAACCAGAAUACCCUCCGCUAUUGCAGCAAGUGCGCAAUAACAUGCUCAAGUUCAGCCAUUGCGUGCUCCUCACACGCGUCGGAGGCUUCUACGAGCUAUACUUUGAGCAUGCAGACGAGUUUGCGCCCCUGUUAAACAUCAGAAAAACCAGAAGAAAGGCCUUGAAAGGCAGUAAGAAGCCUCCAGUAUCUAUGGCUGGCUUCCCCGCCUACCAGUUGGAUCGUUAUCUCAAAAUUCUUGUCCAGGACCUCAACAAGCAUGUUGCAAUAAGCGACGAGUAUGUCAAUGAUGCACCAACCAAAGCAAAGGGUGAGCCUCAGUACACGAGAAGGGUUUCGCGCAUUGUGACGCCGGGCACCCUGAUUGAUGAGCACUUUAUGGAUCCAUGGGAGAACAACUACCUUCUUAGUAUCCAUGUAGAUCCAGAAGUGCUCAGGAAAGAAACUGCGUUAAAACAGAGCCCUGGCAGUGCAAGCGUUUCCUCAGUUCUCAACCUACCGCGCACUGAGAUUGGACUCGCAUGGAUCGAUCUAUCCAGUGGCGACUUCCUGACCCAGAAUACAGACAUUGCGUCCCUGCCCUCAGUGCUCGCUCGUAUCAAACCGAGGGAGAUUGUAUUGAGCAGUGUCUUCCAAGAGGCUGAUUACUCUGACAUUGUCUCUGCCAUACAACAAGAUGGGCAUACAAUUACUUUCCAAGACCCCCCUAAAAUGCAGUCGACUGUUGACAGCUGGAAACCCAUGCUAGAAGAGAUUGUGGGUGAUUUUGGCAUGGCCGAUUUCACCCUUGGUGAAGUGGCUGCAGGAGGUUCAUUGUUACAUUACGUCAAGCACCAACUGUUUGGUUCACAGACACGGCUUCAGGCUCCGAUAAGACACCAAGCCGAAGACUAUAUGAGCAUCGAUAAGAACAGUCUGAGAGCACUAGAAAUUAGGAGUACUAUUCGUGAUGGAACAUACGAAGGAAGCUUGUUACACACUCUAAAGAAGACGGUCACGAAGAGCGGAACAAGGCUACUUACGCAGCGCCUAUACGAAGCUGCCCCUUCCAUGUCUCUUUCAACCAUCAACGAUAGACUCGAUCUGGUAGAAGAGAUGAUACAGUAUCCACAACUGCGUCAGAACAUUAUUGCACUACUAGAGCAAACGUUCGAUUCUCUUCGGCUGGUUACCAAGUUUACAUACGGCCGUGGGGACGCCGAUGACCUCAUGGAACUUUCAAAAACAAUCAUCACGACCUCUGCCAUCUUCGAUGAGUUGCGGGAACACGUGCAAUUCAGGAAUUCCGUUCCGGUUGACCCAACAAAUGCAGCGUCUGACAACAGACGGAGGUUGUGCAUCUCAAUGCUAGAACGUCGGUUCGAUCUAGGUUUACCAUUGCAGCUUGCACACCGAAUCCAAGAAGCUAUCGACGAGGACAGCUUAUCUGAGUAUCAUCGCAUCGAAAAUGAAGAGGCUGAAGAGAUGUCGGAACUAGCUCAGGACGUGCUGGGUCGAGAGGCUGGCGAAGAAGACUUGAAGAACAUGCCAAAGCGCGUUCAGCCUAAACCUCAUAUGAUAGCAGGGAGCUUCAAGAGCGCCACAGACGGGAGAGAGGAUGUUCACAUCAUGAAACAAAAUGCCAGUAAGACUCUGGAGCGACUGCAUGAGACCUUGGAAACAUUGAGACAGGCUAAAAGCGAACUGGAAAGUAAAUUGCGCAAAGACAUGGGAACUGAGAGCUUGGUGCUGAAAUGGACUCCUAACCUCGCUCAUAUUGCGCAUGUCAAAGGAAAAGACAUGUCCCGAGUGGCGCAUCAUUAUCCAAAGAGCUUGAGUAGCAGCAAGUCCACUCGUUCUUUCCAAAUUCCUGAAUGGACGCAGCUAGGGGCUCAGAUGGACGAGACUCGCUUCCGUAUCCGAGCAGAGGAGCAGCGUGUUCUUAGUGAGCUACGUGAAGGAGUAGUACGAAACCUUGUAAAACUACGGCGGAACGCAGCCGUACUUGAUGAACUGGAUGUUGCAUGUGCCUUUGCCGCCCUUGCCAUCGAGAAAAACUUCAUCCGCCCUAUUCUUGGUGCAAAGCCGUCGCAUCAUAUUAUCGGCGGGCGACAUCCAGUUGUAGAAAGUGGCCUGUAUGAACAAGGACGCAGAUUUGCACCGAACGACUGCCAACUAGGCGAGCAAGAACGUAUAUGGCUGAUCACCGGCCCCAAUAUGGCUGGUAAAAGUACCUAUCUACGACAGAACGCACUCAUCUCCAUCUUGGCGCAAACCGGAUCGUUUGUCCCGGCAGAAUAUGCAGAAAUUGGCUUGGUGGACAAGGUUUUUAGUCGCGUCGGCUCAGCAGACAAUCUUUACCAAGAUCAAUCCACGUUCAUGGUUGAGAUGCUUGAAACAGCCCAAAUCCUCAAGGAGGCUACGCCUCGUUCGUUUGUCAUUAUGGACGAAGUGGGCCGGGGAACAACACCGGAGGAUGGCAUCGCCGUGGGAUAUGCCUGCCUUCAUCAUCUUUACCAUGUCAAUCAAUGCCGGACACUGUUUGCAACCCAUUUUCACGCGCUCACCGAUAUGACUAAGGACUUCGAGAAGCUCGGCUGUUACUGCAACGAUGUACUUGAAGAACCCAACGGGCAGUUCUCUUAUAUACACCGAUUGAGAAAAGGCGUAAAUCGGGAAAGCCAUGCGUUGAAAGUCGCUAGAAUUGCAGGGCUUCCCGAAGAUGCCGUCGCGGUUGCUGCCCAGGUCCUUGAACAGAUCAAGGGUGCAGCCAACGCCGCUACCAAGGAUGCAGCGCCUGCUCAUCGUGAGCAACAUUCAACUACCAUCUCAGAGGCUGCAAUGAGACUGCCCCAACAACAAAUCAGCGCUUAG